AUGACUGAAAACCGCUAUCGUGCCAACUCGCCUCCGAGGCAUCGCUAUGCCGACCCUCGAGCAUCCACAGGCAUGGUCAUCUCCUCCUCCUUCGACCCUCGAUAUUCCUCUUCCUCCCAGCCUCGCAGCGUCAUUGACACCUUCCCUGCCACGCGACACGGAAGUGUGUACACUACUCAACCUAUCGCAAGGAAAACCAUCCUCGACGAUCCUCAUUCGGGCGGAGGAUCCAUAGUGCGAACAGAAUAUGCCGUGCGUCCAAGAAAUAAUUCCACACUCGAGACUCGCAGGCCAGUGAGCACCUUCAUGGAGCGUCGCUCUUCUCCGCCUCGAGUGCGCCCGGCCAUCAUCAGUGGUUCCUCUCGUGACGAUCCAAGAAGCCCGGUGCUGGCCUCUGCGGGGGAUCGAUAUCUUGUCCCCGCGUCAAGCGGUCGAAAUCAUCACCGCCAUUCGAGCGCAACUCGUGCUGAACAGGACCGUCUACAGCCCGGAAGAGUCAGCCGACAACCUGAAUACCACCGCCGCGGUGGCUACAAUGCAUACCCCUCCUCUUCGACCCGUGGUCCCCUGCAGGAUGAAGGCUUCUCUUAUACAACUCCAAAGGAGCAGUUUUUACAGGAGUCAUCCCGACCUCCUCAGAGGCGAGAGAGCUACAGCAGACGAGAACGCCCCGUAAGUAUAGCUGGGUUGCCCGAGUAUAGGCUGCCUGCAAGGAGAGAUACGCGAGACGGGCCUCCCUCUUCGUCCGCACGCGUGCUGGAUAGAAUCGAGAGGAACGAACCUGCCCGAUAUGCGGGCGGUCGGACAAGCGACACGGAAGAUCGAGGAGAUAUCCCCCGACGCCGCCACUCCACGAGAGCACCCGUUUUACAUCACUAUCCAGAUGACGGCUCCGUGUCUGCGCGUGAAGAACGAGACCUUCGACCCUUGCCUAGACCCCGUCAUGACCGUCUAGAGGACGAUGACAAACCUCCCAAGCACAGGCAUCGUGAUGAGCGUGAAAGAGAGGUGUUGCGCGAGCUCCCACGCGAGCCUGAACGGGUUCGUGAGCGUGAUCGCGACAGGGACCGUGAGAGGGACAAGGAUAGAGAUCGGGAUAGGGACCGGGAUCGGGACCGCGACCGCGACCGAGACAGGGAUAGAUAUAGAGAGGUUGACAAGCCCGGCAAGCCCCGAAGUCGAGACAGCAGCCCAGAACAUUCAGGACUACGUAAAGGGCUUGCCGCAGCAGCUGGCGUAGGCGCGGUGGGCGCUGCUGCUGGUGCCGCUAUCAAGAGUACCCGCAACAAGGACGACGAAGAGUCAGAAACUGAUGAUCGCAAAGAGCGAAGGCAUCGAAGAAGACGGCAACACGCCAGCGACGAACCAAGUCCAGAUGAACUUGCUGGUCGUGUUGAGCGUGAUCUCAAAUUGACCAACGGAGACCGGGAUCUGCGUCGACGAGACGAGGACCGAGCUGAUGACAUGGAUGAUCAUGAUGACCGCCACGAAAAAAGAAGACACCAUCGCCACAGGAAGCACCGCGACCGAGCGGACCGCGGGACCGAGUCAGACACCACUGAGGAUUAUGAGGGCAAUGACGCCCGGCAACGACGCCACCGAGACCGAGCGCCUUCUCGCGACGCAAGUCAGGAUGUGCCAACAAAUCUGGAACACCGUACCAUUUCCCCAGGUGAAGAUGAAGAUGACCGUCCUCGAAAGGUGCAGUUAGUCGAGCCGGCUGAAAAGAAAGAGGAGUUCAAACCGAAAGGCAUCCUCAAGCCGCCGCGAGAAAUACCUUUUCCUGAAGAUCCCAACCCCACACGAGAAGGUGUUGCACCACUAAAAGAUGCCCACAAAGAUGGUAUACCACCGAAUGCACGGUGGACCAAAAUCAGCCGAGCACUAGUGAAUCCAGAAGCCCUGGAAAAGGCACAUGAGAGAUUCGAGGAGAGAGACGACUAUGUGAUUGUGUUGCGAGUAGUCUCUAGAGAAGAGAUCACAAAGCUGGCGGAGAAGACAAAGGAGAUCAGAGAAGCAAGAGAGCGCAAAUGGCAAGCUGAGCUUGAAGAAAAGCGGCGUCGACGAGCCGAGCGAGGCGAGUACAGCGAUGAAAGCAGCGACGACGAGUAUAGCGACGAUGGUCGACGUCCAUUACGUGCUAUAGAGCAACCGCCUGCUGCUCAAGGUCUACAGGGUGACCCUAGAGCGUACUUCGCGCAACAACAGCAGCUACAGCCACAACAGCAACAACGAGUGGAAGUUCCUGUUGUUGCUAAUGCCACACCAGGACAGCCUGGUGCGGCACCAAUGCAACAGUCAGCUCCGUUGGCCGGGGGGUAUCCACCAAUUCAGCAGCAGCAGGGGCUGCCCGUGCCGGAUAUAAGGGUUGAGCCAAAUGCCGGGAAUUACUCGACAAAUGUAUGA